AUGCAGGUGGUCUUUGAGCAACCGCGGAAGGCCGCCACCUUCACCGUGGAGCUUCAUCGGAAUCCGUCCUCCAGCUUUGGCGUGGAUGUCAGCGCGGCGGGGAAGGUCUGCCUGGUGAACUCGGCGUCUUGGCGCCCAAAAGAGGGCCACGUGGUGCUGACCAAGGUGGGUGCAGACCGGCGAAUCCGACCCUAUGAUCGCCUCAUGUCCUUCAACGAAAAGAAGAACCUGAAAGGGAAGGAGAUGAUGGACAUGUUGCGCUCGGCCUCUGGCCCAGUCACCUUGAUCGUGCAGAGGCCCUCUUUCCAGCGCGUGGUGCUCUUCAAGAGGGACCAGGAGCUCGGCAUCACCGUGAUUCAUGGGCCCACCUUCCUUCUCAUCAGCAACAUCACCGAUGGAGUCUUCCAGACGCACAAUGCCAGAGCUGCUCCGAAAGAUGUGAUCAACAUUCCCAGCCGGAUUGUCAGCGUGGACGGUCGCCGGGGCAACAGUCAACUCUUGUUGAAGCUCAUGGAAGAUGCCGAAAGCUCCUUCGAAGUCGAGCUGCUCCGCUACGACUGA